AUGUUGCCUGUGAGCGUGGACCGACCAGCCAAGGCGAGCUCUGAAAUCAUACUGACGCUGGCUCUUUUUUUCGCUGCUGGUGUUGUCUGUCGCCUUUUCCCAGCUUCCCCACCGGCAGCCGGUGAGUUUGCCUCGCUGGAAAUGCCUAUGACACAACCUGCCCACUUUGGUGCCUCCCUUGGCGCUGGUGCCCCUCUCUGCCUCCGUCUGCUCGAGAACCUCGACGAAGCCCAGAGCAUUAAUAAAUAUCACUUCCCCUCCUUCCCACCUGCUUCUCUUCUUCCUCUCUCUCUCCCUCCCCUUUCCAGUGAAUCAUCGGAACUUGUUUUCUGA